GGUCCAUCCAAUCACUCUGCCUUUUGGACAAGAUGACAACGAUGGAGGUGGCCGACGAGGUCAAGACGCUCGUGGAGACGACGGAGACGCUGGAGCUCGUCACCGUCGAUGGCGCCAAUGACGCCAAGCUCGUGCGCGUCAAGUGCUCGGCGACGGGCCACGAGAUGCCGCCGCGUGUCGACGUCAUCACCGCGCACCUCAACUCCAAGCGCUACAUGAAGGCGACCGAGUGGUAUAGCUUUGACUUUGCGCAGUACGAGCCGUACAUUGUGAGCCACCGGCGCAAGCCCAAGUGCCUCUACUGCAACGUGACGGGCCUCGUCCUCAACAAGAUCCCGUCCGAGAUCGAAAAGCACAUGAAGGGCAAGAAGUUCCUCCGCCUCAAGGAAGACGUCAAGUUCUUGGACGACGCCGAAGCCGACAAGGGCGAUGACGACUUUGACGCCAACAAGUUUGAGUUUUUCAACCGCCAAAUCGUCGACUCGGACGCUGACGACGACGACGACGAGGGAGCUUCGAAGAAGCGCAAGGCCGCGGACGAAGGCAUUGGUGAAGAGUUUUACGAAGGCCUGCCGCCCGUCAGCGACGACGAGGAAGACAACGACGAGGAUGAUGAUGACGAUGACAAUGAGGAGGAGAAAGUAACCAAGAUCGCCACAAAGCCGUCGAUCAAGGCCAAGGCAUCGGCUGCCAAGCCCGCUGCCAAGGGCUUCCAAAAGGUCACGAGCAAGCCCGCGCCCAAGAAAGCCGCCCCUGCCAAGCGCCAGAAGAAGUAAAAGUAAAAAACCUAGUAAUAAGAACUGAGCUCCUAAUCUACUGCGCUACGUGCA